CCGGCAGACAGCCCUAACGUAGCUUUUGGGGCAUUGUAGAAUCAGGGAAAAGUUCGUACAGUGAGCAGCUGGCGCAAGCUUUUAUGGUUAGCUUUGCUAGUUUGGGCCAGGAGUGGCUAACAUUCAGAACACUUUAUUCCCGAUAUUUCUGGGGUAAUCUGAACCUGACAAAGACUCGGUUAGAGUUAUAACAAAGCAUCUGGUCAGUCUACGGUUAAAAGCUAAAACAGCUCCUCAUACUCUGAGCCACACAAAGGAAACAUCGUGCGUUAAGCACCAGAGCAGCUGUAUGAGCGGUUCAGGUUCAGGGAUGGUUUUUCCUCAGUUUGACAGCAGCCUGUGGUUAACAUUUCUCAAAUAACUUCAGAUCAGCGAGUCCAGCUUCUUCUGGCUGCGGGGAGUAUUUUAGAGACUGUUGUCUGCCAAAACUGAUACUUCUUACUACCGUUUAACCUGUUAGCUGGUGUUAUGUGCAAAAUGAAACCGUUCUUAUGGCGAUAGUCGGGAAACAAAAACUGUUCAUAUAAUGCAGCCUGAAACUAACCGAAGGUAGCUAACUGUGAGCUAACAAGGCAUUCCGCUAACAGUGUUUGUGCUGCGGGAGACAACAAUGACCUUCUAAUGUUCUUUAUGCGUUCAGUAACUUGUUAACCUGAAUUAAAGCAAAUACUUGCCCCGAUUCUGAAGCGGUUUAAACCGUUUCUGGAACAGGGCUCCGGCUAGCAGGCUAACUAGCAACGCUAAGGCUAAAGCUAACAGCCAAAUAGGCAAAUAGGAGAGGAAGCUAACCAGUGAUGGCAGCACCUUCUAACGAGGCCGUGUUCCUGAUAAAGGACGUGAAACCAGGCUCCAAGAACCUGAAUAUUGUGUUCAUCGUGUUGGAGAUCGGACGAGUGACGAAGACGAAAGACGGACAUGAAGUGAGAUCCUGUAAGGUGGCAGACAAGAGCGGGAGCAUAGCUAUCUCAGUCUGGGACGAACUGGGGAGCCUCAUUCAGCCUGGGGAUAUCAUCAAGCUCACCAGAGGCUAUGCGUCCAUAUGGAAAGGCUGCCUGACCCUAUACACUGGAAGAGGAGGAGAUCUUCAGAAGAUUGGAGAGUUUUGCAUGGUGUACUCGGAGGUGCCCAACUUCAGUGAACCAAACCCAGAGCUUCUAGGCCAAGCAAACCAGCAGAACAAGUCUGGUAAGCCUGACCAGAACCAGAGAGGAAACUCGCCACCUAAUCAGAAUUCAGGUACACCUGCUCCACCAGGCAAUGGUGCAAUGCCACCAUUUCCCAAUAACCCAACACCCGGUGCACCCCGCGACCCAACGUUUGGCAGUGUCGGGCGCCCAAACGGCCGGUCAACUGGCAACGGUGCACCGCCCGUCAAUGCUGCUGGACCCCCAACAACCACAAAGUCCUCCGUCACCAUUAGCAACGGCAGGGAUCCACGACGUGCCAAGAGAUGAAACUGGAGCUGGAGGAAAAAAAAACAUGGCGGUCCUCAUUUCCUCCUGCUCAAUCUUCUGCCUCCUUCUCCACCACUGCCUGUGAUGGCCUUCACAAUAUGUCAUUUUUAUACAGUCAAAGGUAGUCAGUCACAUCAUUUUGUCUUAGUGUGAGUAGUGCUCUCAAUGGGCACCACACUGAGGUUCUGAUCUACCACAGAACACUAUCAGAACUUUAGUGAUGGAGACCUGAUAGUUGAGUUUUGUCUGGCUUCUCAGUCUUUGCUCUUAUCCUGUAAAUGACCAGCUCUUUCCCAGUGUUAUCUCUCCCUUCUUAUUCUUUCAGAAAACACAUCCUACUUGAAUACUUGAUGCACUUUCUUCUCUUAAUUUAUGUUGAAGUUUGGCUGUCAUUUUGUCAGGAAAAGGUGUUCUUCCUCUUUAUUUUUUAAGUGGAACUGGCCUUAAUGGGUGAGAAUGCAUUUUAGGACUGGAUGCUAAAGCAACCUGUACAAUAAGUGACUGAAAACAGGUUAGAUGUGAGAUAUUAAUCAUAGUUGUGUAGACUGAUAUUUCAUCUUUCUCUUGUUUGCCAUGAACUGUACUUUUUUUAACAGGGUGUGGACCACGUACAGACAGCAAACGUUUCACCAAAUAAGUUCUAGAGUAAUUAUGCUGCCAUAUUUGGGAUUCAUAAAGUGGUAUCAAUAAAUUCUGAAAUGUUG